AUGUCCACCUCGAAUCAACAGUCGACGCAGCUCGUCUACUCGUCUUCCCCGUUCCCAUCCCUAAACAUGGUUCCUGCAUCACUCUUCGUGCUCUCCCUCGCCGCCUCGGCGCUCGCUGCACCCUCUAAGCGCCAGUCUGAGGACAAUGGUUCAUGCCGCGCCCUUCAGACUGAGUGUGCCGCCACAGUCAAGUCCGAUCUCAGCGAUGCCUGGAACAUCAAGGCGUGCAUCUUCGGUGCGACGUGCUUUGGUGGUCAGCGUCCCGUAGAUGGCUUCCUUGCCGCCGUCUACGCUGACCGAGGCUUGAGCGGCACCGCACCGGCGAGCGUGAACCUACCGAGAGUUACAACGUCUCUCUUCAACUCCAUUUCAACGAAUGGGCAGACUGUGAGCCAGCAAAACUUCAUUGAUGGAUACUACUCCUCCCUUGAUGCGACUGGCGGUCCAUACCCGACCAACCCUCAGUACGUCAUCGACCUUUUCGGCAACCUGCAAGGCUGGACGGCAUUCUGCAACGCGGCUAUCCCCUACCAGAACUUUGCUGACUACUUUCAAUAUUCGUCCAGCGUCAGCGGUCCUGGCUGUAGCGUCACUGCUUCCGGUAUAAUCUUCACGCUCACACCUGUUUCAACCAUUAUACCGUCCACGAGUGCGGGUGAUUCCUCCUCGGCCGUUGCCACCUUUACCACGCCUUCUGCGUUCUCUACUUCAAUCUGA